GGAGAGCGAGGGGGUGCGUGAGCAGGAAAAACAGGGCCAGGAAGGGAGACUGAGGGAGGGAGAGAGAGUGGACAACACACACACAGGUGGAGCAUCUUCCAAGGACCCAGACACACAUCGUAUCAAGAAUGGCCAACGCCACAGCCGCAGCGCCGCUUAACUUCCCUGAGGCCGAGCCCUUGUCCUACAUGUCCAUGCAGGUCCAGGAGGUCUACCCCUUUCACGACGGCUGGAACGUGGCCUGCUUCGUCAUCCUCCUGCUCUUCAUCCUCACCGUCAUAUCGCUAGCGGCUUUGGCGGUUCUGUACGAGCUGUUGGACUGUGGCUGCUGCGCCAAAGGAAAGACGCAUCUGCAGCUUCAGGCCGAGGGUCCGGGGAGCUGCAGCAGGCUCAUGUCCGCCAUGUGCAAGCCGCCCGACUCACAAACAGAGAUCGUAUGAAACAGAUCAAGAAUAUCGCUUUAAGAGCCCAAAGUAUGUGUGGAAAAGUAUCGUCAUGGAAAAAAAGGGAAUUUUGUAAAAUGAAUUUUGUUUUGUAUCUUGAUAUUAUAUUUCCUAAUGCACUUUUAACCAAACUUACAACAUCACAUUUAACAUCUGAAGCCUUGCUAACAAAGCACAAAUGCAUCAGGACAGAUUAACUAAAACAAUCAUCACAUCAGUCUAGCAAUACGUUUAUGCAACAAAAAAAACGCUACAGCUACUGAUACAGUGCCCUUAAUGUGCAAACAAUCACAUUACACUUACUUAAGCUAACGAAACUGGCAGAAGUGAUGCAUAGAGGAAGUUAUUAUUGUUUGAGGAAUGAUUAUUGCAAAACGUGCUAAAUAUUGUUCUUUACUUUUGAUUUAUUUGAGACUUUAACCUUCUGUACAGUAUAUAUGAUUGUGUGUCAGGUGUAACUGCUCCACCACUUCAUAAAGCUCAGAUAAAUUAACUGCAUCGAUUACCGUGGAGAAGCUCGGUCUCUCAUCUUUGCUUUAGUUCAAGUACAGAACACGCAGUUUGCACAAAUGUUCAUCAAAGCCACAUGUCAAAGAGGCGUCUUGUUGCUUGACAGUGAUGUGAAAUACUAUGCCAUAUGGACACAGUGUAUGUUUCAUGACCCUUACCAAAAAAAUGCCUAAUAAAUACUUACAAUGAAUCGUU